AUGAUGAUUCAUCACUUUGAGAUAUGUGUACUGGUUUCUACCAUCCUGCUGACUUUGCUGCCAUGGCAUGUGGUGUCUCAACAUCAGAACCAGCCACACCAUCAGCAGCAGCAUCAUCAGCCAGCCCAAGCUGGCCAUGGGCAUCAUGGAAAACCACUAGAGUUUGCUUCAGAAAUCCACAAUGCUGACCAUAUCCUGGAGCACCUACAAAGUGUGGUGUCCACCAAGAGCAAGGAGCAGAUGACCGAGGAGGAGCUGGAGUUUCACUACUUCAAGCUGCACGACUACGACAACAACAACAAGCUGGACGGGGUGGAGAUCGGCAAGGCAUUGACCCACAUCCACGAAGAUGGUGACACAGAAGCCAAGGUAGAUCAGCAGCCAGUGAUGGCCGACUCGGAGAUUGCCAAUAUUGUCGAUUCGGUUAUCCUCAACAAUGACGAGAAUAAUGAUGGAUACAUCGAGUACUUUGAGUUCAAACGUCGACAGAGCGUUGCCCACCAUGACUCGCCUUCAGCACAGCAACAUCAGGACUCACCACCAUCUCCUGCACAUGAGGACAAACAUUAG